GACGACGACGACGACGACGAUGACGACAGUGACAAAAACGACAGUGACGGAAACGAUAAUUACGACGACGAUGAUGAUGACGAUAAUCAAUGAAUCAAUGUAGCCGGCAAUGAUAUACCGGUCUCGAUUAACUUACGAUCGAAAGUUUUCUUGGUCAUUAUUUUAACGUGAGACAUGAGAUAAGGCUACGGCGGCGUCCCCGCAUGGCGGGAACAAGUGCGCGCUAGUGUUUGCUUUCUUCGUCUCACACAUUCGCCGUGCGGCUGGCCCCGUUUACAAUCGCCUCGUGUCGCACGUCGUGUAUCAGUCGUAUGUACGCCGCCGGCACGCCGCACGACCAGUUUUGACUCUUCACCACUGCGGAAAUGCAUUUAAUUUAAAUAAAAGAAAUCGCGAGAUAAGAAUCGUAUACAGAAUGGAAGGAGACGAUGGCCCUUCAGCCAUCAGUAGUAAACCCGCUGUUAUCAAAGCGGCACAAGAAGAAAUGGGACGACUAGACGUGUUGGUAUGUGGACAGUGUCAUUCUGUCUUUCAUUUUAUCGAAGAGUUUCAAGAACAUCGUACAAAGGAGGGAGCUUGCUCCAAAGUGUCACAUUUUCGCGAAAGCAAUGAUAAUGGACAAAAAGCACAAGUAUGGGCAUUUCUGUUAUGGAAAGAUACACAAGUUCAACACGAAGGUACAGACAAGGAUACAGCUAAUGCUUGGAAAUUGUAUCAGAAAUGGUGUAAGAUGGAUACGCAUAAAAGAGAGUCGUGGAUUACUGCAGGAAAAUCUAUACAAACCUUUACAAAAAUUAGUAACGCAAAGAUGCAGGAUACGCCAAUACAAAUUCAAUCCAAUACUAAUGAAGGUGCCAAACCGAUAAUAGUUCGUAAAGUUGUCAGAAAUGGACAACCGGACGAAACGGGCGAAGCUAAAAAAGAUAGUGUGAAAUCAUUAGAGACAAAAACACAAAAGAAUGAAUCUAUGGAAAUUGAAGUGGACAAAAAAGAAAAACCAAGACUGAAACCAUCGAUUAAGCCCAAGAAUAAGUUUGGCAAGGCAGCUACCGAAGAAGAUGCAGAUCUGAGUAACGAAGAAUAUAUUGUCGAAAAAAUUUUAGCUAAACGUUUUAAUCCAAAAAAGAGAUGCUCGGAAUAUUUAAUCAAAUGGGAAGGCUAUUCACAUGAAAACAAUACAUGGGAGUCUGUAGAGGCUGUAGCAACUUGCAAAAAUAUGUUGGAUGAAUUUGAGCGGAAUCUUGCUAAGCAAAAGGAAUUCAAAGCAGCACAACAACAGGCUAACACAAAAGUCGUCGGACGUGCGAGUUUGCCGGCCCAAAAGUCAGUGAUAAAAGCCGAAGCUAGUAAACCUGGACCAAGCACGGCGGCUCAAGCAGGACGUCCGAUGCGGUCUAGUAAAUCAAAAGCGAUGAAUCAAGUCAAACAAUGGUGUGGCUCGAUGAAAGAUGAGGAUAACGAACUAUUAGGUAAAAGGAGAAUCGAUAAUUCAGAGAGUGAUUCGGAAGAAGGUGGAAGCAGUGCCGCAAAGAGAACAAAAGGCGCAGCGGAUACGGGCAGCGACGACGAAUGGACCGGGGAAUCUGACGACGAAAGACUAAUGGGUCGUAGCGACGUGAUUCAACGUGCAUUCAAUCGCGCUAAUGCGCAGUCCAAUGGAUCCAAUAGAGCCUCGGUUUCGUCCACUGAUCUAGCAACAUCGUUAGGAUUACAAUCUCCAGAUGGAACGAAAUCUAGCCAACCGCCUGUUUUUGUGGCCAGUGCUAAGGGAGUUGUGAAAGUCGAUUCCAAACAAAUGCCGAAUUUGGCUUCUGGUCUUUACGUUAUGUCACGAAAAGACGGUAUCAUCAAAUUGAAUUCGUCGCCCAGUGGGAAACUAGCAGUCAAAGGAUCUCCAACGACGCAAAGUGUUGUAAUGGUUCAAAAUCGAGAUAACACGAAUGUAGUGAGAAAACAAGUAAUCUCGACGUCGCAAUCUAAUUCGAUGACUCCUAUGAAAGUCGUUUCGAAGAUAGACGGAAGCCAAGUGGUAACACAGAUGAAGGUGGUCUCCAAGACCGUUACACCGAAAAUGGGCAGCGUGCAAAAGAACGAGCCUAUAAAGAUACAGCCGAAACCGGAUCCAUCACAAUUGCAGCAGAUACAUGUUGUGGCUGCGGUGCAGACGCCGAUAACCUUGCAACCAAGAAUAACUACAGGUAUAAGACCUGCCUCUGUCACGCCUCAGCGAACGGUAGACUGUCGUCCCUUGCUACCUAGACCGGCAUUACGCCCGACGGCAGCAACAAGCGUUCUCGGUACAAUUCGUACGCCCGUCAGAGCACCAGCACCGAGACAGAUUCAGACGCAAGUGACGCGACCAGUGUUGCAAAAGCGUACGACGACGGUCGUAAGUACGCAACAGGCCGUUUCGCCGACUGCAGUGACCGGCGGCACGGUUACGCAAAUCAAGCCAAAGUUUACAGUACUUGCAGCAUCUUCGCAAUCCAAACAGGUGAUCAAAACUGGCACUAGUCCAGUACAACAACAACAACAACAGCAGCAACAACCAUCGCCCCCACCACUACAAUUACAACAACAACAACAGACAAAACAGGUGUCUCCGAAGACACCAGUGAGUAAGGCACAGUCAUUGUUAUCUCCACAGCAAAAGUUAUCAAUGGCAAAGAGAAAGGCCCAGGAAGCAGCAGGUAUAAUUAAACCGGGUGGUCGUGGACUUUUAGCGGGUGCUCGUGCCGUUGCAGGACGAGGCAGAGCAAAAGUAGGUACUGAGACAUCUUCGGCGAUAGCUCAGGCAGGAACUAAAGCUCCGAAGGAAAGCAAAUUAGCGGAAGGUGAUGGACUUCACAUGGAAUUCCACGAAGUUGGCUCGGAAGAGAGCAGUAGCGAGGGCGAGUCGGAUCUUCCUCCUCCUCCCGAGCCGGACGUUGUUACGGCUCCGCAACCCGACAGUCCACCGCGUCCAUUCACGUUGUGUCCUCUCACGGGACGCAUAAUUGGUCCAGAUGGUGAACCGAUCGAACAACCAGGCGAAUCCGAAUCUGGUGAAGCAACAACAAAUUCGGCCAUAGCAAAAACAGUUACUAACACAUCUGAAACUGUGACAGCAGACCUAGCCACCACGGCUACGACUGUCGUCGCCAACGCUAAUACCAGUACUAUCACCACCAGCACCACCACAACCGUUGCCAAUACGGCUGCCACUACCACCAUCACCAGUACCACUAGCGCCGCCACCGCCACCGCCGCCGCCGCCGCCGCCGCCGAAUUGGUCUUACCUUCUCUUGACUCGCUCACCGAAAGCGGUGGUAUUAUGAGAGUUGAGAUGAGUCCCGGUGGAACGACCGGCACCAUUGUUCAAGCUAGUGAAACAACACAGAUUAAUCUGUCGAAUGUAACAAUACCUGCACCAGAUUUACCUUGCUUGGACGAUACUGCUUCUACAGUAGCGACAACCGUAGCUGCUCCACAGGCCGUAUCCAUGGCAGCACCUUUGACAGAAAUUGUCGCUUCUAGUUCUGCUGAAACAUCCAUUACCACAGCAUUGUCGACAGUUCCGGCAACAUCUACCGUUACUAUGUCAGUGGCAACAGCGGCAGACGUCAAGACUGGGGAAAAGAUGUCAGAGGAGAGAAAAGUAACAACGGACGAUGCAGCCAAUCUUGUUACUAUAGCCGAGCACGGCGUUGUCUAUCAAGUCGCGGGCCAAGCAGAGGAUGGACAGACUCUCCUUGUGACGCAUGGCGCCGAUGGUGAGCAGCAAUGUGUAUAUGUCACCACCGAGCAACAAGGAGAUGACGGCUCAGUCUUAACAUUGGAUCACGCCGUUGCUGAGGCUGUAGCGCAGCUGAUUCCUGAUCAAGGUCUCGCGUCCCAAUUUUACGUGAAGGAAGGUGGAGCGGAACCGACUGAAAAUUCAAUGGUCAUGUCUAUAAUGGAUAAUGUGAAUGCGACCGAUGUAACUGGGACCCAAGAGGAUAAUGAUGGACAAGCACAGGUUAUAGCUCAAGUAGUGCAAGCUGAAGAACCUACUCCAGGAGGAACCAGAAGGGUAGUGCUCUUAUUGCCGGAUGGAAAUUUAAUGAUGACCGAAGUGGAUGAGGAACAAUACGCCGCUCUGGAACUUGAUAAGUGAAAACAGAUAUCAUUUUGCGCAUAUGCUAAUAAAAUACCACGGCAAUGCAUCGAAUUGCAUGUUACGCGCAUAUUGUACGUUUAAAACGUGAUCGUCAAUUGUAUAUAUGUAAAAACGUUCACUUCGUACAAUUGCACGUUGAUGACGUCUUAAUAUUCAGUGACUAGACUAGAUAAUAAUGUAAGGCAGAGAGAAAGAGAGAGAGAGAGAGAGAGAGAGAGAGAGAGAGAUAGCUGGUAUACUGUAAAAAAUCAGCACACACCAAGA